GGACUGGCGAAAUCCGAGACCACCAACGGAAAACUGGCAAUCUAUGGGAUGUUGUCAUUGGAAUGCCAUGGUUCGACAAAACGCGAUCAGCAGGGGUCGUGGAUCCAGGGGCUGCCAGGGUACAGAGCAAGGUGGUGGCAGCUAACCAUGGGAGCCAGCUGGCAACAAGCUGCUUCAGCUGGCAGUGCACAAAGCUCCCAAGAGGAAAAGAUGUGUUUGAAGAGGACACUCCAGGAUGCUGGAGGAUGAUAUGGAGCAGCUGGAAAAGAGGAGUUCUGACCCAGGCCUGGACUGCAGUCCUCCCAUUUUCCAUUUGAUCAAGAUGAAUAGUUGGCCUAGGAUCAAAGGCAGUUCCCAACCGGCCACUGUGUCCAACACAAAGGGGUGUUGGGUGCUGGCGUUGAGCCAGGUGCUGCACAUGGUCACACAACCAGGGACAAGACAUGCAGAUGGGGCCAACAGAGCCCUUGUCAUCUCCGCCCCCCAAGCCUUUAUACAAGAGUCAGGGAGUGGUCCUCCCAAAACACACAGCCAGCAUGCUCAACGACAACAGAGGAAGCUGAGAAACGUCUACAGGGUUAAAAAAUUCCAGCGGAUAAUCGGUGCAAAAAGUUUGUGCCAUCUGUAUGCUGCGCGGAGAGAUGUGGUUGCCGAACUCAUGGACACGUCAAGCAUAAACAGUGAGUGUUGUCCUGCUGAUGCAAAACUUCAUAUACAGUAUCAUAUCAUAAUUGUGUUUAAUAGGCAUUUAAUGGAAAUUACAAACAAAUAUGUGAAGUUGAUGUUCUCUGAAUGGGGAUGUUGUGCUACAAGUCCCUCCAACAGAGUUCCCACUUUAGUUUCUCCGGGAAACAUCUGUGCAGAGUGUGGACUGGAGACCCCUAGAUCGCAAUGGGAGACACCUGCCAAGGUGUUGGAAAAUGAGAGUGCCAAGAUCCUGUGGGACUUCUGGAUACAGACUGAUAAGAUGCUCAUGGCCAACCAACCGAACAUCGUGAUCAUGGAUAAGCAACAGAGGACAGCCGUUGUGAUCGAUGUAGCCAUCGCCAAUGAUGGCAAUAUCAGGAAAAAGGGACACGAGAAACUAGAAACUGGUAGGUGA